UGAUUAUGGAUAUGUACAAUAGAGCUGCGUCUCAGAUAUCUUCUAUACCAGAGGUUCAAGAUCAGCCAUGGUUCUUGGAAGAGAAACCAAUGCAGAAAACAAUCAGUAGGCCGAUCUUUGGCAGGCUAUAUAGACAGCCCAAAGAAGGUAGCAAAUAUUGUGGCCCUACGACGCUCAUAGGCCCAGAGUUCAUCAUCAGAGGUUCUGAGCCAACACCUCUAGUUCAUCUUGGAGACGCUAAGGUUUCAGUUAGGCGAAGGGUUCUGGUUGUUCUACUGAAUGGUCAGAAAAUAGAAAUUACCUGUGAUCCCAGUUGCACUACAGUUUCUGAUAUUUUCCAGGUCGUUGUCCAGAGAGAGGGACUGGACCACCCAGUAACACUCGGCCUCUGCGUGUUAGCCUCAGGAGACUUUGUGUUCCCUCCGGGAGAGAAGAAGCUGGUCAAGGUCGCCCCUCAACCAUGGCCCAAGACAGCACUCACCCUUUACCUCAGGUUCCGCCUGUACCUACCUUCGCUCAGGGGAACGAGGUCUUGGAAAUGGAAGCACCUUCUUUACUUGCAGCUGAGACGGAGUCUACUCGAGAGGCAGCUAAGGGCUGCGAGGCCACAGCUGCUUGCCCUUGGAGGCCUUGCUCUUCAGGCAGAGUUUGGCGACCACGCUACGGUGGAGAAAACAGGUGAUAGUUACUUCCUUGUAGAGCAUUACCUACCAGAAAAUGAAAGAGGAGAGCGAGAACUGGAGCUUCUUCACAGGCGGAGGGCUGGUCUGGACCCUGGCAGGGCUGAAGAGAUGUUCAUAUCUCACUGCACCUCUCUCCCUGAGUAUGGCACUCAUUACAUAUCAGCCUGCGUUAUUAACAAAGAAGGAGGUUCCAGUGAUGUCUGGCUCGGUGUGAAUUCCAAAGGCGUUGUUAUGGCUUACAAGAGAGAUUUCUCAUCCAGCGUCGUCAGGCAGCCGCAUUAUACUUUUCAUUGGCCUGAUAUAAAGAAACUAUCGUAUUCAAAACAUUAUUUCGAUAUAACUUCUGCAGAUGCAAAGUAUAGACUCAAGCUCGAUUCUAAUAAAAGCAGCUACUUUUUCCACCUUGCAUGGCUCCAUCAUAAGUUUUUUAUGAAGCUGACUAAUGAAUAUACGACUCUUCAAUCGUUAACAGAAGAAUUUGGAGAUAUGAAAAGAUCUGGGAAGAAAGGAGUGUUACAUGUGAGCCCAGAUGUAAAACGCCCUACAGAACUCGGGGCACUACGAAGAGCGGCUAGUUUACUCAGCCCUGAUAGGGCUAUUUUCAGAGGAAAGACAGCAACUCACUGCCUAGGAACUAGAAGUGAAAGCUGUCGAGAGAACAGAACACCAACCCUUACAAGUACACCAUUAACCCACAACGUAUCGUCAACUCUUUCUAGUAGGAUAUCAGAUUCUUCCGACGGGGGUAGGUCAAAAGGCAGAAGGAGGCCACUCAUGGGGACAAGAGCGAUAUUUUCAAACUCGCAACAUGAUCUUCACUCAUCUUCCUCGCACGCCUCACUCGAGUUGAUUUCUCCUAUUUCAUCGGUCCCACCAUACCUUCUCACUACAAAUAUCAAAUGUGUGGACAGUAAAUUUCACUCUAACUUUCAAGAAACAAUUAGUGAAUCUCUUGCUGAAAAGUUUGAGAAAGCUGCUUUCUUAACUGAACGUAUUUUAAAUACAAUUAGGUUAGAAAGGGCUUCAGAUGGUAGCUUAGGUCUCCAUGUUACUGAAGGAAAAGAUGGCCACGUGUACGUGUUAUCAACCGUAGAGGGUACCCCAGCGGCCAACUGUGGAGCUAUAUUUUCAGGGGACCAAAUCCAAGCUGUGAAUGGGAUACCAGUAUUGAACAUUAGCUACUUUGAUGUUUUGAAGUUGAUUCAAAGUUCGGACCAGGUAAUUGAGCUUGUACUGUCCCAAAUAGACCGAGGUCAGCCGAUGUCCAUCAAGAGUCACCCGACCAUUUGUAAAGUUUCUCAAGAGACAGGAAUUGACAUGAUUGGGGUGUUGCAAAAAGGAAUUGAAGCAUCGUAUUUGAAAACGAUAAGGUACGAAAUAGCACCAGAGACUGAUUCUGAUAUUGUUUUCUCAACAGAUUUACCUCGUCCCAUCUCUUCUUAUCUAUAGAAUCGGCUCGUUUAAUCUGAAUCCCUCCUAAUACGCUCUAGUUCUCAGAAAAUUUAAGCGAGGUGGAGGAUAAGCUAAUAAUUAUUUCACUUUUUGUGAAUGUUAUUGAACUUUAUCUAAUUCCAGAACAAGUUGUCCCGUAACAGUUAACUGCACACCCCAAUUUUAUUAAGUCUCUAGAUCCUAUGAAAAAUGUCGUGCCUCAUGAUAUUAAGGACGUGGAAAUUUACAUUCUACCAGUUUAGGCCAAAGCUUUAUAUAGUUAUGUAUCAUAUAGUGAUAGAUAUGACAAUAACACACUAACAUAAUAGAACUGUUUAGAAAAACCGAGGAAACAGGUGGGGGCGAUUAAGUGGUAUAAAAAAGUAUUUAAAAAACAAACAAAAAAAACCAUGAUGAAUAAAUAUCAUUGUAUACCUAAUCAUAUUGCAUGUUGAUUUAAUAUGAUUGUGAAUUAUGUAA